AUGAGAGGCUCCUGGCUUAUCCCCCAGCGUUUCCGCGACGUCAAUGCCGCAGACUCGGCUGACGCCGGAUGGCUGAAUCGCCGCUUGACACAAGGGCUGCAAGCUGUGUCUCGCAGAGCAUGUCUGCAUCCCAUUCAUACCAUAGUGGUAAUCGCCGUGCUUGCCAGUACGACAUAUGUUGGGUUGCUGGAGGGCAGCUUGUUCGAUGCGGUGAGGGACGUGGGUGCGGGUCCCGGUCAGCUGGAUGUUGAGCCGUUGUUGAAGGGGGCGAGGAAUUUGAGACUGGGAGAGGCGACGGGGUGGAGAUGGCAGGUUGACGAUACUGCGGAGGUUGAGGGGAAUGAGGCUGUACAGCAUCUUGCCCUCACAACUUUCAUAUUCCCAGACUCGUCAUCACGUUCUCCGAAAACAGCUCCCGUUGCAGAAAACGUCCAAUGCCCCGCUAACUGCUCCGCAUUUCCUAUCCCGCAUACCCCCAACUUGCUCUCCCCCAUCUCCCAUGAUUCUUCCCUGGCAUUUGCGGUGCCCUAUGAGCAGAUAUCAGAUUUCUUGAAAGCUUCCCAGGAAAUACCAGAGUCUCAGGAUGCUCAGGACGGUGGCGAGCAGAAAAAAUGGAUCAUGAAAGCUGCUCGUAGCUCCGGGUCGGGGUCGCGACGUGCACUGCGGAUCUGGUUGACUGAUGCGUGGAAUUCGUUUGUUGAUCUUUUGAAGCAUGCGGAAACCGUCGAUAUCAUUAUCAUGGUGCUCGGUUAUAUAUCUAUGCACCUUACCUUUGUCUCCCUGUUCCUCUCCAUGAGACGCCUUGGCUCCAAAUUCUGGCUUGCAACCACCGUCCUUUUCUCUGGGGCAUUUGCCUUCCUCUUUGGCCUCCUCGUCACCACGAAACUUGGCGUCACCAUCAACAUGGUUCUCUUAUCAGAGGGCCUCCCCUUCCUAGUGGUUACGAUCGGAUUCGAAAAGCCCAUCAUUCUAACAAAGGCAGUCCUCUCAGCCUCCCUGAACACGCGUCGCCAAACACCCGCAAGGCAAGUAGGUUCGAAUGCGGCUACUGUUCCCCCCUCCUCACCACACUCCAUCCAGGACGCUAUCCAGUUCGCCAUCAAAUCAAAGGGCUUCGAAAUCGUUCGUGACUACUGUAUUGAAAUUGCCAUUCUGGUUGCUGGUGCCGCAUCUGGUGUCCAAGGCGGUCUAAGACAGUUUUGUUUCCUUGCUGCAUGGAUUUUGUUCUUUGAUUGUGUCCUGCUCUUCACGUUUUACACUACGAUCCUCUGCAUCAAGCUGGAGAUCAAUCGGAUCAAGCGACAUGUUGCUCUUCGCAAGGCGUUGGAAGAGGAUGGUAUUACCCGCUACGUCGCGGAGAGUGUGGCAGCUAGCAAUGAUUGGCCUCGCAUGAACGCGGAUGAGAGUGGAGCAAAUGGAGACAGCCGGGGAAGUACGAAUGGGGUGUUUGGCAAGAAGGUCAAGGCGAGCAGUGUCCCCAAGUUCAAGAUUUUGAUGGUGGGUGGAUUCGUGCUUGUCAAUGCUUUCAACCUGUGCACGCUCCCUUUCCGAAAUCGUCAGGAUGGACUUCUUUUCCCCGCACUAUCGAAAAUCACCAACGUCUUAUCGCCUGCCCCAAUCGAUCCGUUUAAAGUUGCGGAGAACGGCCUUGAUUCGAUUUACGUCGCUUCAAAGAGCAAGCAGCAAGAAACUGUGGUGACUGUAUUAGCACCUAUCAAAUACAAUCUCGAAUACCCCUCUGUGCACUAUGCGGAAGCGGAGGAAGGCGGAAUUUUUGACAUUGAAUAUACAGAUCAAUUUUUGGAUGCUGUUGGGGGUAAAGUUAUCGAAAGCCUGCUGAAGAGCCUUGAUGAUCCAAUCAUCAGCAAGUGGAUUAUCGCCGCUUUAACUCUCAGUGUUAUUCUUAACGGUUACCUCUUCAACGCUGCGCGGUGGAGCAUUAAAGAGCCCGAAACAGUUAGUCACACUCCGAAAGAGCCCAAAAUCGACCAUAAGGAGGAGCAGAGGAAAGAGGAAAUUAAGGUGAAUGGCACACUUCGAACACGCGAGGAGUGCGAGAAGCUGCUCAAGGAGAAGUUGGCCCCCUUCUUGACGGAUGAGGAAUUAAUUGAUCUGUCCCUCCGCGGCAAGAUCCCUGGCUAUGCCCUCGAAAAGACGAUGGAAGACUCCAGCAUCCCCCGCAUCGACGCACUUACACGCGCAGUGAAAAUCAGAAGAGCCGUCAUUUCACGAAACCCAUUAACAGCUGAACUAACCAGCUCAUUCGAGUCCUGCAAGCUCCCGUACAAGGAUUACAACUACACCCUCGUCCAUGGCGCCUGCUGCGAAAACGUCGUCGGUUAUCUUCCACUCCCAUUAGGCCUCGCAGGACCGCUCGUCAUCGAUGGAACAAGCUACUUCAUCCCCAUGGCUACAACGGAAGGUGUUCUUGUUGCGAGUACAAGUCGAGGCUGCAAAGCAAUCAACGCUGGUGGCGGGGCUAUUACUGUACUCACAGGCGAUGGCAUGACUCGCGGACCCUGUGUUAGCUUCCCAACGCUGACUCGAGCAGGUGCAGCGAAAGUCUGGCUAGAUUCUGAAGAAGGACAAGCCGUAAUGAAAAACGCAUUCAACUCCACGAGCCGCUUUGCGAGACUGCAGUCGAUGAAGACAGCCAUGGCCGGCACAAACUUAUACAUCCGUUUCAAAACCACGACGGGCGAUGCAAUGGGUAUGAAUAUGAUAUCCAAGGGUGUCGAGAAGGCGUUGCAGGUCAUGUCCACGGAAGCGGGGUUCGACGACAUGACUGUCGUAUCCAUUUCGGGGAAUUACUGUGCCGAUAAGAAACCUGCAGCUGUCAAUUGGAUUGAGGGACGGGGCAAGGCAGUCGUUGCUGAAGCGAUCAUACCCGCCGACGUGGUCCGUGGCGUGCUGAAGAGCGACGUCGAGACGCUUGUCGAGCUGAAUACGAGCAAGAAUUUGAUCGGGAGCGCCAUGGCGGGGAGCAUUGGUGGGUUCAAUGCGCAUGCGUCGAAUAUCGUGACCGCAUUAUUCAUUGCGACGGGCCAGGAUCCCGCGCAGAAUGUCGAGAGUAGCAAUUGCAUCACCAUUAUGAAGAACGUAAACGGCAACCUCCAAAUCUCCGUCUCCAUGCCUUCCAUCGAAGUCGGCACAAUAGGCGGCGGCACCAUCCUCGAAGCUCAAUCGGCCAUGCUCGAACUCCUCGGCGUCCGCGGCGCACACCCCACCAAUCCAGGUGAUAAUGCUCGACAGCUCGCCCGCAUCAUCGCUGCUGCUGUCCUGGCAGGUGAAUUGAGUUUGUGCAGUGCGUUGGCAGCGGGGCAUCUUGUUCGGGCGCACAUGGCGCACAACAGGAGUGCAGUGUCGAUUGCAGGCGCAGCGUCGACGGUUACGCCUAGUGCGGUGCCCCCGCGGUCUGUUACGCCAGUUUCGGCGGCGGUGGGGGCUGCGAGGGGGUUGGCGAUGACACGGGCUGCGCAGUAA